ACCGAGCUGAGAAAAUGUGGGAGGAAAGGAAAAAAAAAUCCAGGGAACUGAGUCAGCAGCAGCAGCAGCGGGUCUCAGUCCGCUGCUUCCCCCCUCAACUUCCGUGGAUCGAUUUCAGCUCUGUUCGCCACAAAGUCAACACUUUAAUACUGAACAGUGAACCUGAAUGGGUUUGCUUUUCAAUAAGGGGCAUCUGUGGGAGGAAAACCAGGCGUAAAAAGCAGAAGAGAGAAGAGGAAACUUGAGCGGACCAUCCUGUCUCGCUGAGCACACCACGUCCCUGUGCUAAAUAUCUACCUGGAGGCUUCAUGUCCGUCCGAGUUUCAGCCAUGAGUGUCCUUCCUCCUGUUCGAAGGGACCGAAUCAUCGCUCAGCUCCCUCAGUAUUUCAAGAAAGAAGCUGCUCUCCACACGAAAGACGAUUUCAACAAUAAAGUGAAGACAGCCUGCCAGGAGCAGCGCACCGGCACCGUGGGCAGAUUUAAAAUCUCUAAGGUCAUUGUCGUGGGUGACCUGGCUGUGGGGAAAACCUGUCUGAUUAAUAGAUUUUGCAAAGAUGCUUUUGAUAAGAACUACAAAGCGACGAUUGGUGUUGACUUUGAGAUGGAGCGGUUUGAGGUGUUGGGUGUUCCUUUCAGCCUACAGCUGUGGGACACUGCAGGCCAAGAGAGGUUCAAGUGCAUUGCUUCUACAUACUACAGAGGAGCACAGGUUGUGAUCAUCGUGUUUGAUGUAAAUGAUGUUGCCUCUUUGGGCCAUGUGAGGCAGUGGCUCGAAGACGCCUUGAAAGAGAAUGACCCCACUGCUGUCCAGCUGUUCCUCGUCGGCACAAAGAAAGACCUAAGUUCUCCUGCUCAGUAUUCUCGGAUCGAACAAGAUGCUCUCAAAUUAGCACAAGAGAUCAGAGCAGAGUACUGGGCUGUUUCCUCGCUCACAGGGGAAAACGUGAAAGAGUUUUUCUUCCGAGUUGCAUCGCUGGCAUUCGAGACCAAUGUUCUUGCCGAGCUGGAGAAAAGUGGAACGAGGCAAAUUGGAGAUGUCGUCAGGAUCAACAGCACUUCAAACAGUCUGUACGCUACAUCGAAGAAGAAACAGCCAAACUGCUGUCAGUAAGGACGGAAGCGGGAGUUUAAAGUAGAAGGGCACGGACUGAAAAUGAGGAUUUCUCACGGUGGAAAGAGACUGUGGCUGCUCUCCAGUUCACGGGAGGGAUUUCUGUGGUUAAAGGAGGAGGAGGAGGGACGCUACAGUUUCACUUCCUGACGUGUUUGAAUUCAGUUUUUCCUGGCCUACGCUGAGUUUUCCUACAUGGGAUGUGGAUUCUUGUGGUGCUGCUCAGUUUAACUUGUCUUGAGUUACAGAGUGACACAAAAAUGACUGGUUCUGCUGAAAUGCCAAAGAAUGACUGGAUGAUUUUAACAUGGUUUAUGUGUGGAUGCUUAAUUUACUUUGGGCUUCAGUUAAAUCUGCUGUAGUUUGUUUUACAACCAAGAUUUUUCCUCACAGUAAUACUCUGGUUUACCUUUAAUUCUCCGUUUCAAAUGGCUUUUCAUACUAUUGUAGAUUAGAGGUUCCCAGCUUUUCUCCAAACAGUAAGGCAUUGCAGUUUUCAAAGGGAACGCUUCAUAGGUACUUUUUGCUUUUUGUUUACAAUCAAACCGGUGACUGAAUGUGGAUAAUCAUUUUCUCAGAAAUGCUGAAAUGGUACAUGUUAAUGUUUGAUCUUUUAUUUUCUUUAAAAAUUUCUCAUUGUGUGGUUUACAUGUCAUAAAGAUAUUAAAAAAAGGGAAAAUAGAUCAUUUUGUCAUCAUCAAAGUAUUUUGAAAUUAACAAAGAUGUAUUUUGAGGAGAGCUAUUUAGUGAAAUCACAGUACAGCUAAUGUUAAAGAGGCUUUGAAUUAUUUGUUAAAUAUAACAUGUCUAUACAGAUAAAACCAUUUCUUGACCA